AUGGCGCAGCGCGCCGGAUACGAGAGCUCCAGCGACAUUGGCGUCUUCGCGAAGCUGACCAACGCCUACUGCCUCACCGCCAUCGGCGGCAGCCAGAACUUCUACUCUGUCUUUGAGCAGGAGCUCGCGGAGCACAUUCCGGUGGUGCAAACCUCCAUCGCUGGGACGCGCAUCGUCGGCCGUGUCGUCGUGGGCAACAAGAACGGGCUGGUCGUUCCGAGCACCACGACGGACCAGGAGCUGCUCCAUCUCCGCAACUCGCUGCCCGAGGGGGUCCUGAUCCAGCGCGUGGAGGAGCGGCUGUCGGCGCUGGGCAACGUUGUCGCGUGCAACGACCACUGCGCGCUCAUCCACACAGAGCUCGACCGCGAGACGGAGGAGAUCAUCGCGGACGUGCUGGGCGUGGAGGUCUUCCGGCAAACUGUCGCCGGCAACGCGCUGGUCGGGUCGUAUGCGUGCAUGUCCAACAACGGCUGCCUUGUCCACCCAAAGACACCCGUCGAGGACCAGGACGAGUUGUCCGCGCUGCUGCAGCUGCCCGUGGUCGCCGGGACCUUGAACCGCGGCUCGGACGUGAUUGGCGCCGGCAUGGUCGUCAACGACUGGUGCGCGUUUUGCGGCCUCGACACGACCGCCACCGAGAUGCAGGUCGUCGAGUCCAUCUUCAAGCUGCAAGAGGCGCAGCCGGCGGCCGUGGCCACCGACAUGCGCAACGCGCUGCUCGACCAGCUCGCGUGA